AUGUAUCGCACCCAGUCUUUUGGCUACAUCGACCAAAACCACUCUGCUAAUUUCGAUACAUCGAUCAAUCGGUCUCAGUCUCACCAAUAUGUAUUCGAUCGCAGCUAUGAAUUUCAAAACUCAAAUAACCACACCACCCCCGUCCGCCACCCCCGCGAGUGGAGUUUACCUCCAGUGAAGUGGGAGAAAUUUUACCAGCAGGAGAACGCUGUUAACAACCGGUUUCUUUCAAGUUCAAGAACAGUGGGAUUUUACCAAAUUCCCAUCAGUCGCUUUAAACGUUCAACUAGUCAAAACUCGGUAUGUGAAACAGGAUAUGGAUCGAGAAAUCGACACGAUCGAUACAUCGGACAGACACGCUGGAACUCUCCCAAACCCAUCCAAGUUGGUGCACUGUCCCGAAGUGCCCCAUCGAUUGUUGCUUGCAUAGACCAACCCGGUAUCCUUUCUGACCCUAAAAGUCACACAUGUCGACACGAUGGUGCAGACUGGGAAGACUGUCGUAUCCACAUUCAGUGUUUUGGCCUCGGUGAGAGGAAACGACUGCACCUCACCGGAAAAAACGGUUGCACUACAGCUAGGAAGAAACGGAAAAACAUACCACCAGCAUACACACAACAACCCACAGGUAUUUUCAUCUCUACCGUUCCCGGCGCACACUUCCAUCCCCGAAGAUUGAUCGGAAAAGAUAGAACACAAAGAGCGGACACACCUGAACCGGUGUACGCACGAUCGGUCCGUCUAUCUAUCGUGCCAUUAAAUCCUAUCUACCGACGGAAACAUCACGCCCAGUCUGUGAGCCCCGCUCGCACCGGAAUUAAGUGGCAGGUUAUUCAAUACCCGACCUCUAAACGACCGAGGUAUUACACUUGGUGCAAACGACUUAUUCAGAAGAUGGCAUUCAAAAUUGAUGACUUUACGAUUCAAGAAGAUCAGGUGAAAAACGCCAAAGAGAUCUUCAAGAAGUACGACAAGCGGGGUCAAGAUAAAAUCAGCACGACCGACCUUGGACCGGCUUUCCGUGCACUCAACUUAAAAGUGAAACCGGAUACACUCAAAGAAUGGGCUGAUCAAGUCGACGAUGAUGCCACCGGUUUCAUCGAUUUUAACGGAUUCCUCAUAUGCUAUGGGAAAAGCUUACAAGAAGAACAAGAUGAGCGUGACCUCCGCGACGCAUUUCGCGUUCUGGACAAGAACAAGAAAGGAGAGAUAGAUGUUGAGGAUUUAAGGUGGAUUCUCAAAGAGUUGGGUGAUGACCUAACAGAAGAAGAAAUCGAUGACAUGAUACGAGAUACGGAUACUGAUGGUUCUGGAUUUGUUGACUUCGACGGGACUACAUGUAGCCGUGCUGUGAAUGAUGAUGACGAUAUACUACGGUGCCUAGGCUUACAGUUCCAGGGACCUUCAGAAUUACUCGAUCAACUCAGCUUACCACGCAAUAUGAACGCUUUGUUUGCACUACCGAUCAGAAAAGCAUGUGUACGAAGUAGUGGCCAUAAUAUAUAUGGCACAGUGAUGGGUAGUACUUCCUCCACGUACUGGAACGGCUA